GUGAUUUAUGACAUAGGUGAACACAAUCUGCCUUCGAUGCACACACACCCCCAGCAGGAGCCCUAUAGGUUCCACCUACUUGUGUGUCUACAAGAAGAGCCUUAGUUUCCCCUAGGCCUUCUCCAAUUAUUGAUUCCCAUAUGUAGCCUCGUACUGUUUAUUUGCUUUAUUCUGUGCGCAUGCACCCACGCAAAACCUGUGCAGACGUCAAUAAACUUUUCAUCUCGACGAUGAAUUGUGUAUGAUUUACCCCGGAAGGAAUUAGAAAUUUCCCCUAAGCGUACAUAUCUUUCGAAAAUCGUAAAGGAAAAUGGACGAGCUUCUUGGCCAUAGAUACGUGCCUGUGGGCCGUGCGCCACCGCCUGAUGAAGGUAUGAUUUGCGUUGACCAGGUAACGGGUCAAAUUGUAAUCGUACCGGACAACGUCGUCAAGGUCCUCAAGCAAGCCGAAAAACGGACAGAAUUAUCCGCUUACAAUCGUUCCGCCCUCGCAAUGCGCUCUUCGGGAGGAAGUCUGGUGUCUUCAUCUGCGCGGCCCUCCGGAUCACACAGUGGCAGCCACAUCGUGCAAACGGGAGGCGCCACGAAAAAUGCCUUGCCGGCGGCCGAGGAAGCGCAAGACACUGCGGCGUCGAAGGUGGCCAAGAAGAAAAGAAAUAAGAAAAACAAGAAGGCCUCCCCUGAUGAUGCAGGAGGAGCAGCGACCCCCGGUUCCAGCCCUAGUGCCGAUCCACCGAAAGCCGUUUUGCAACCUUCAAAUAUAUCACCUGAGGAGAGAGGUGCACGAUCUUCAACUGGUGAGGCUGCUGAUACAACUUCCAAGGGCUGCAUGAAGAAAAGCGAUUCGUCAAACACACCCGUGCACGACUUUGGCGACUCGUUUUGGCAGAAAGAGGUGGUUGCCAUCGAGGAAAACUCCUCCUGGUCCCAGGAGGUCGUAGCCUCGGGGCCCGGGAAGCAUAUGUGCUACUACCUUGCCAACCUCGGCUACAAUUCGGUUGUGGAAACGUAUCCCAACCUGAAACCGCAGCUGAUCCUGGGUAGGAACAUCACAAAAUUACGGAAAAAGGACGUUACAGGCUACUUUUGCGAGAAAGCGCCGCUCGGCAAAGAAGUCCAGCUGGCGCUAAAGACCAAAAGCAAUAAAACACAGCCGGGAAAAGACGCACAAUGGGCCGCUGAUCUGAAGUUGGACCUGGGCAAAAACGAGUCCCUGAAACAGUUCGUCUACGACCGGACGGAGAAAUUUCCGUACGAGUGCGCGGAAGACUUCCUGAAAGACAUUUUUUGCCUGCACGAGCCCGGCUCUACUUCGUCCCCGAAAACAAGUCAACGCGGGGGGGCAACAUCCGAGCAAUCUGCAGCAGUGGUCACCGCCAUAGCAAACGAGGUCUUGUGGUACGAUGCUAGCGUGAGGUGCCACUUGCGCGAAGGACUUGUGGUACUUCUGAACGCGAAAAACUGUCGUUCAUUUCGCCUCGCUGUGCUGGAGAAAGUGUGUCACGCUGCCGUUCAAGUAUUGCAAGAGUUUCUACCAUCGGCGGCCAAGAAGCAGGAACAGGUUGACAGCGCCACGGAAUCGACAUCAACCACCGCGGAACAAGUGGCGAGUGACGAGCACGUCGAUAUUGAAAAUUCAGCAAAUAAGGAACUCGUGCAGACUGCGGUGGCUCGGUUUCAGCAUUUUUGUCAGUGGCUGCAGCAGGAGCUCGAUGAUUUUACAUUGCAGCUGUUCGACGACGACGGGAAAGCAGCAAAAGCAGUGCGCACCGAGCUGACCGCUGUCGUUAACAUGUUUAAACUCUGCUCCUCGAGUAAGGACAGCACAUACAGCAAUAACUGCGCUGCGGCAGGCGAAAAGAAGGAUUGUGCGCAGGGAAAGAACUUUUACUUGCAAACCGAGGACCACCAGCUCGACGUCUUACUCUCCUGUUCGAGGCAGCUGCUGGGUUCCGCAGUUUGGAAAGGAGUCGGAUCGCUCAAGCACCUGAUUGCGUUUGUAGAGCAACUUCAUGAAGUCGGAGAUGUGGGGGACAGUGUGUGGAAAGAGCUGACAUGCUCGUCCGGCUCACUGUCGACAUCGACGAGUCUUUCUUCGACAAAACGGGCGGAAGUCGUUGCGGCACCCUUUGAGGAGGAGGAUGAUGACUCCGAAGACGAGCAGUCAGUCUCGGAGUACGAAAGCCUCGACGGGGAUGCGGACGAAAAUGGCCUCUCGUUAGAGCAGGCCAGAGCUCCUGCUGCAGAUGAAGACCCGAGGGCGCCGCAGCGGCAGACUUGUUGCAUUAGGCUUCGAAAAAAGUGCGUCGAUAGCUCGUUUGGUUCCUUGGAAAAAUCCUCACACUCUUUCCCCGAGCAGUCGCAAACAGCUAUUUUUUCCGACCUUCCCCUGCUGCUCCGGUGUUAUCAAGGUGCCGCCUACGUUCGAGGUCUGCGCUCGCCGUUGGCAAAACAGCGUUUUGACGAGCUCCUCGCCUGCUUCGUCGAGGACGAACUAAAAAAGUUGACAGACCUGUCAAAGGUAGCAGCGGUAAGACCGCAUGAGAUAGACGAAAGUUCGUUUGCCGCGGACUUUUGGCCUCCUGUCUUGGACUUGAUGUCGACAAGGAAUGGCGAGCUCUAUACGCAGUUAGACCCGCAGCCGUUUGUUCUUGAAGAUCAGCUUCCCAUGGCCUCGGAGAUUGCAACAACUGAGACUGCUAUAGCACAGAGUACGCCUGCCGAGGUGUCCAUCGGUCGCUGUGGCGUCGCCGGUGAAGACAAGAAAGAAUUAAACACGGACCGUCUAAUCCGCGCCCUGCGUGAUCCAAUAGAAUUCCUCGACCUUUUUCUUUUCGAAGCUGCGCGCGCGGGCAACCCGUGGAUUGUCUCCGUGCCGUUCGCAAUGGAGAAGCUGCUGACCAGCUUUCUCCAACACGCUUUCGUCCAAGACCUGUUGCGAGAUCAGGACGCUGCACUUCGUCUCGGAGCUAUGUUGCGCAAAGCUUUGGGUCGACUGCGCGAACGAGAGCCUGGCUGUAUGUGUUUCAUCAAAGCGGCGCUUCCAGAUCGACAGGAAACAAGCUACGAGUUCUUGUCUCGACUGCAAGGCGUCUUUGCCCAAACAUUUGACAACUUGGGUAGGAGCAGGUACCUGCAUCAGGUCCCGGAAAGUAUUUUCGUUUUCCUUCCGCUACUGCUUGAUGGCGUCGGAGACGUACACAAGCCCUUGCAGCUACGUGGAGAUGUCACCGAGCACCUGACGGGUUGCCUGUGCGAUGUGUUAGAUUUUUUGGGCCAGCGGGUUUGCACGGACGACGAUGAGUUUGGCUUGGAUGCCACUAGUCGUACCAUGGCGAAUAAAUUUUUGCUGGCAGAAGGAGCGCGUGACGAACAAUGCCGUCGAAAUUAUCGAGCUGCUGUUGGCAAGCUUGUGCAAGCAUCGAGAGUGCAUUGCGACACAAUUUUCACUGCGUCACUUCCGGUGCGCGAGGUCGCGGAGAAGAGUCGAAAGUACUCUGUCGCAGGACAGCUGGACCGAAAUUGCGGAAAGCUCGUCGACGCUCAUGCUGCUGUCACCGGCUGCAUCCAUGCAUCUUCGCCCGCCGCGCUGACAGUCGCAGACACAGCUGAAGAAUUCGUCGACACGAAAGCGCUGUUAAGCUGCUCAUGGGGAUUCAAACUUGAAGUGGUUUUGCCCGUGCUGGAUGCUCUUGUGCAGACGUGCGCCGACCGGGUGCAAGCGGUCUGCAUCUUUCUUCAACGUGAAGAACGACGCCAGCAGCAGCUCUUUUUAGACGCGUUCAAGGAAGCUGAAAAACUGGAGAACAGAAUCCGCAACACGAUCCUGCAAGACGGAAUCGGAGCGCUUUUGAAGGGGCACCUUCUCGGCCGAACUUACGAAGCGUACUGCGCAACCCGGGACAGCCGACCUCUUCCGUGCGAUCCCGAUGCGGAGCCGAUCUUCGCCGUGAUGACACUAGGCAAAAUGACGGAGCGCAAAGCGGCCGAGGCCACAGGGAAGAAUCCGCUUGCCAAGAGCAUGGCAGCAGCAGCCGAGGACUCCAAUGCAGGGCGGACGUCCCGUGACCUGCGCGUGGCGUUCGAGCGACAUUGCAAGCCGAAGCUGAUUUUCGACCAGCAGGGGCAGUGUACCGGGUUGACGCCGCUGAAGCUCCUCUGUCUACUCUGCACACACGCAGCCACGGCAACGGCAGAGCAGUUUCUCGAUUUUGUUGAGGAUACGACUGUCGAAGAACUGGAAGUAGUCGGAGGUGUUGAAGAUGAAGAUCUAGAGGAGCGCGGGGCAUUCAACGCACAGAAAUUGGUAGAGGAUGUGGCUGCUGCGCAGCAAUCCUCGAAGGAUGACGAGCCUGCAAAGGAGCAAGCCUUCACAGGAGAAAAUCUGCACACCAAGGAUGUGGUUGAGGGGCGCGAGCCUGCUGCGCCGACACAGGUGGAAUCAAAAGUGGUUAGUGCAGAGCCCUCGUCUUCAGUACAACCACUGGCGCGCGCAGCUUCGGCAACAGAAGUCGAUCAGACGGAGAAAGGGAUUGCUUCCUCUGUUGAAAAUAACUGGAUUCAGAGAGGCGUCGGCAAAAAGGAUUUCUACUCAGAGGAGGGGUAUGCGCUCGGAAUCAUCAACGACAGCAACCACAUCGUCGUCAAAAAUAAUUUUCGCCAUGAGUCUUCGCGACGAUAUCUUGAAGACAACAAUAUCAAGUGCUUCGAGUCGGACAUGCACAUGAAAAACGACUCGCCGCGCCUGAUAUGGGUCAUGUUCACCAUGGCGGAGACAAACAUCAAAGACACCAGGUUACAGCGGCCAGGUUCCUACGUACAGUUUCAGAUAGACAUGUCGCGUGCCCCGAUCCUGGAACAGAAUUCACCGCACGGAAAGGCAACGUAUUUUGCGAUCAACAGCAGUGUUUGGAGGGCUUCCUGGCAAUACCAGAGCUACGAGUGGGUGCUGCAGGAACCUACUGUUCACCAUCGCUCACAGACCCGUUUGGACCGGAAACAGAGCGACAUGCUGAACGAGGAGCUUUUCGCAGAUCACACUGACGUCGCAGCGACCGGGAAAGAGCCGACAAAGCGCGCUUGGGCAUGCGUGUUUCACGACAUGAAGUUUGCGCGCGAAGACUUCCGGCAGCAACACGACGGCCGCUCUUUGCUGGGACAAAUCGCGUACCGCGCAGACGACUCGUUCGUGAAGAAGGUCGGCUUUGUCAAGCCGUUGGGGCCCCGCGAGGGCGCUGAGUUUCCCGAGGUCAAAACCAUGCUCGGAAAAAACAAGAUGGAGAACUUCGGCAAAAGUGCGCAGUUCAUUCACGUCGACCUCAAGGGCCUGGCAAGGCACGCGCGGCUGGAACCGAUAAAGGGAGACGUGGUUUCCUUCACUCUGGAUGAGGACUCGAAGAAAGUCAGCGAGGUGGUGAGCGGAAGAAAGAAAUACCUUCCCGCACGCGAUCUGCACGUUGUCCGCUAUAAGUCCACAAUAAACUCCGGAGCGAGAACCGGCUCCGCGUCAUCUCCCAUGCGUGGCUUGCGGCAUCUUCUGAAGCUACUCGAGCCCGUAUAUACGAAGUCUUUGACUAGUACUUCGGUAGCUGAUUUUGAGAAGGAACUCGGCUGGUACAGCUUGGUAUCCGAAGCACUGCAGCAGUUUCAGGAUGUGGCGUCGAGUCCGGAGGACGCGACUACAACGAACAGGACCCGCAGACGAGCGAAUACUGCGUCCAGAGGGGAUGCCAGCACCAGAAAUGGCCCAGGAGACGGGGACCUGAGUGACUUCAGCGACGCAAGUAGUGAUGCGUUUGACGAAGAAGACGAUGCGUUCCUGGGUCCCGGUGACGAAGAUGUGUCCAUGCGGCAACGCAGUCAGGCCGAACUCGAGGCGUUGCGCAAAAGAACCGCUCUAAUCACCUCCGGCGAGAGCGGAGCCGCUUUUUUCCAGCUUUGUGUCGAAGAACUGUUGCAGUUGCUCGACGUUUCUUUUCACUUUCCUCUGACAGCUGAUGAAAUGGCAGAAGUCGGCGCGGGCAACCAGGAUUUGUAUUUGCAGGGAGGUGGUGGAGGAACGUUGGGCGCCACCAGUUACGUGACAAGCAGGUCGUCUUCAGUUCUUCCGGCACGAUCUUCAGGCGCAACAACUGUAUGGGGCGUAGCUCCGUCUGUGGUUGGUGCAACGCUUGCUGAGGAGCGAGCGAGGCUGGUGAAUGCAAUCCUUGGUCUGAUGAUGUCUUUUGAACGCGAGUACCGUCAGCGCGUCGGGGUGACGGUUAAGGCCCCCGGUGAGCCACAAAAUCCGAACAUCGACCCUCGCCAAUGUCUCGAUGCAACCCGUCACAGUUCGCUUCUCGUGACAUUUUUGUCCGCGUUGACGCAUUUGGCGGAAUCUCGUCAGAGUGCCUCCGCCGCGCAGCUGGAUCUCGUCGCUCGUGCCUUAGCUAGGUGCUUCAAGUUGAAAGAGAAGGCAAGUCCAAAUAGCAGCCCCGCCGACUCGGCGUUCCAAAAGCCUCGGGGGGACCGAGGGCAGCAAAAGCAGAGUGCGUUGUCGAAGUCCAAGUCGAACAACAAAUCCAGCGGAUCUGCCCUGCUCCUGAGAAGUUCCUCAUCAUCUUCACAGCAAAACGCCUCUCAUCUUGCCGGUUUGAGUGUCGUUGGUCUUACGGGCGUAUCCGAGCUGUUUCAGUUUGUGGUGGCCAACGUGCAGAUUUACGACCCGAAUCUCAUCGAGGGCUUUCGCGCGCUGUUCUCCUCCGGGCCGCUGCGCGCCCUGCAGACGCGCGCAGAGACCGCCUUGUUGUACGACGUGCACGGCUUCCUGGAGCAGGCACAGAAGACCCACCUGAACGCCAUGAGGUUUCUCGCGCAGCGGGCGCAGGUCGCGCAGGGAACCCGCGAAGAAUUGGAGGAAAAGCACUGGUCAGAGUUGCCGCUAAUCCCUACCCUAGACGAACUUCGGGACGACCGACUGGGGAAUCUACCGGUAGUGCCCGACGUUCGGGCGGCCGUACGGAAGUUCAUGAACGAAAGCAGAGCGGGCGCGGACAGCGCACGAGGAGAAACUACUUCCAUAAUCGGUCUGCGGGGAUACGAGAGCUAUGAGCACUACAUGAACACGAUUCUUCGACAGCUGCGGCAAGAUACCUUUUCGAGUCUGCGGAUGGGCGUGUCGCGUUACAUCCGCAGCCGCACCGUGGAUUUCGGGCUCAUGCGCAUGUACAACCCGCAGUUCGUCGGCUUUCACUUCCGCGACCAGGACACCAUCUCGGUCGUGCUGAAGGUGCAGGCGAUGAAGGAUAGUCGGACCGGGGACUACAACAAGUACUGGGCGGACAACGGCGGUAUGAUGUACGGCAAUUUGAUCGUUAUCUCCCUAGACGGCGAUUUUGAAGACGAGGGUCGGCUGGUGUACGCUCAGGUAAGCUGGUCGGACAAGGAGAUCUUGCGCACAGAGGGAAUUUUCUUCGCGGAAAUUCUACCGCGGGAAAUCACGGGUAGCGAACGGAGUCCGAUGGAACAGGUGAUCGCGCUGAUUGCGGCGCUCUCCAGUGGCGACAAUGAAGCGGUGCUUGCGGAAAGUCCGGCGUACUACAAGGCUUUUUCUCCUGGCUUGAAGUGUCUGCAGGGAAAAAAACAAUUGGAAAAUCUGCCGCCGUUCGCCUCCGAGUUCAUUUUCGGAACGAAGAGCUAUGCCGGACCUCAUCUAGUUCCGGGUCGAGAAUCUGGACCACGCAGUGGGGUUUUUCCUGCUUGGUCGACCCCAACAGAGCCUGCGCCCUUCUACCUGAAUCAAUGGCCCGGAGCGACCGUCGAGAUCGGACUUUUAGAUCAGCAAGCAACGUCGGAAGACGGCUCUGCCGUCGAGUCAACGUCGCGUCGCAUGCGGGUCGACGAAUGCGUGCCGGUGUUGCUGAGUAAAAAGGGAGAAGAAGGUCGAAAUGCGAACGAUCGCAGUCUCGACAGUAAUGUUGCCACUGCGUUGGAUGAAUUUCAGCAGCACGCGGUGGGCGUCGUUCUCUCUCGCGCCAUCGCGGCCAUCCAGGGCGCGCCGGGAUGUGGGAAGUCUCAUCUAGCGGUGCUCCUGGUGCGCCUCCUGGCGAGUCUGCGUGACAAGAACGGGGCGCCGGUCAGGCUUCGCUUCCUGAUCGUUACCUACAAAAACAAGGCAUUGAACGAGCUCGCCGAGGCGUUGCUGAAGUACUUUCCGAAAGACCUGGUGCGCGUCGGGUCGGGCGGGACGGGCGAGGACAGUUCGGAGUUGCUCGAAUCGCGAAACCUGAACCUGCUCAAAUCGGCCUACCAGCAGACGGAAGAAAGUCACGCUUUCAACGAGGAAUGGAAGCGGGCGGACAAGCGGCUGGACGUUGUGUCUACGGAGAUGGAGGAGUUGGCAACCCGUUUGGUCAAAGCUCGCUUCUGGUCGAUUUCGCUCUUCGUGCUGCGGAGUCGGCCGGGCCAGCUGGAACAACUGCUGCGAGGCGCCGGCGAGAAAGGGCAUCUGCAGAUGAGUGUCAACGAGCUCAGCAAGUGCCUGACAGAGGCCGAACAGUGGGUGACGCGGAUGCGACAGAUCCGGAACAAGGACCUGACUCUGGCAAAUUUUCUGGAUUGCGAGGCCGAAUACCUCAAGGAUCCGGUGUUGCACAAAACACGACUGGACCUGUAUGCGUGCCUGUCUGACGCGCUGGAGAAAUGGGUGCCGCAAAUGCAAUGGUUUCAGGCUGUCGCCGAGCGGGUGCGUCAGCAUAAGGUCAUCGGCGGACGCAAACUGGACCUGCAGAACGAUCGCAAAUUCAAGAGCCUCGUGGUAGAGUUGAAAGACGGAAAAAGAACACGAGCGUUCGAGGAAAGGAACGCAGCGCACGAACUGCAAGAAUCUUCCGGCUCUAACAGUGCAUCGUCAACGUCGCUUGCUGCACAGAAUUACGCGUCCAAUGGUGCUUCCCUCGAGGAUGACGACGAAGAAGAUUUCCUAAAAGAAGCGCAAUACCAGCGAGACGCGGGAGAAAUGAUGGACAACAACGUGUUAAGCGUGGAGCCGCGACGUGGACGCAGGUACAACAACCAGGGUCAGGGUGUGCGCGGCAACCGCAUGACCUUUAAGGAUUGGGAGGAUCACAAGAAGCACGUCAUUUUCCUCGAUGCGAGCACGUCUGACGCAAUUCGAUACGCGCCCGAGGUGACCGAGUACUUCGCCUCGCGGAAACCCAACCUGCUGAAGCGGAAGGAUCUUUGGUCCCUUGACAACGGGGAUCGGGUGUUGCUCGUGCAGUUUCUGUUGCAGGAACGCGUCGAUGAAAUUGUGGAGAAACUGAUCGUGAAGGAGCGGGAGUAUACACAGCUGAAGGAAGAAAGGAAGAGAAUUGCGGACGAACAGCGCGCGGCGGUCUUCCGCGCCAACCAGAUCUGUGUCACGACCAUCACCGGUGCAGCCAUCUACGCGAAAGAGAUCGAAAAAGCGGCUUUCGACGUGGUGCUCGUCGAAGAGGCCGCGGAGGUGCUGGAAGGCCAGCUGGUCGCGAUGCUGAACGGCAGCGUGAAGCACCUCAUCAUGAUCGGGGACCACUACCAGCUACCGCCUCCGGUGCAGUCGUCGGUGCUGCGGGAGCGGUUUUUCUUCGGACGAAGUCUAAUGCACGAGCUGAUCGAUAUGUGGCAGGCAAUGGAGCUGCUGUCGCCCGGAGGUCGUGGGGGAGCUGGAGCCACCGCAGCAACGUCAUCAAAUGUCUGCAUCAGCGGGGAAGCGAUUUUGAUGCGACAAAGCCGUAUGGAUCCGGAGAUCGCGAAGUACUUGCGUGCCGACCGUAGCGGGGGUCGAAAUGAGGCAAGAUACCCGAAGCUGAAGGACAAUCUGAACAUCGUUGGCAAGUACACUCGCGAGGCACUUCCCCUUGUUUAUCCGGUGGAAAAACGCGACGCGGUGUUUAUCGCUGAUUUUCUACACCACGCACCUGUUUUUUUCUGGGACACGCCACUGAAGGGAACCUGGUGCGACGAGCGGCAGGAGCUCAGCUUCAAAAACCAUGAAGAAGCCGAGCGCCAACUUGCAGUGUUCAUGCUGAUGGUAUCCCAGGGAAUUCCGGCCCACAAGAUCACGAUCACGGCGCCCUACCGUGCCCACAUCCGCUACAUCAAAACGGAACUUAUGCCAAAGGCGAAGAAGGCGCGAAGGGACUAUUUGAUGUGCGCGUGGUCGAUCGCUGGACUUGAACUUGCCGAGGAAAGGGAGGCCCGGUUUGCAGCAUUAGACGAAGAUCCGCUUCUGAAGUGCUUCGACGAGGUAGUGUGUACACCGCUCGACGGGUACCAGGGCAACCAAAAUGACCACAUCAUUCUUGCGCUCGUGCGGUCCAACUCGACUUUGGACUGUGGCUUCUUGAAAAAGGAACCAGAAGGCAUUUGCCGCCGCACUGUGGCGCAAUCGCGAGCGCGCAAGUCCUGGAUCAUUAUUGGCAGCGCUGACUGUUUUGGGCACGACCGCUGUGGAGGUGGCAAUUCGAAAGCAGCCCGACGCGGAUCGAAAGACAAAAUUUCCAUUGCCGAGGAACCAUCGGAGCCAGAAAAAAAUGGCGGAUCAUUUCGCAGCAAUUCCGUUUGGGGUGCUGGUCUCAUUGAUCAUCUACGAAAGGACAAUCGGGUGUCGGAGACCUUGCCGCUCAAAUGUCCGAGGCACGACCCUCCUGUGCGAAACUCGAACCCGGCUUCUUGUGGUGAAGAAGGCACGACUGGAGAGGCAGCUAUUGCUUCUGGUGCUAAUGCUAAAACUCCAUCGUUUUUUCCCGCCUGCGCCAGCGAGCUCAGUGAUCCCGUCAUCUGUCAGGACUUGCCAGAGGUGGAGUCCGACCAAGAUCCACUGUCGUUCACGAACCGAUUGAUUUGCACGAAAAUUUGCAAUAGAGAGCUACCCUCCUGCGGACACGCCUGCAGGCGGUACUGUCACGCCGGGGAAUGCGAUGCGCGAUUCUGCAGGGAGAUCGUGUUGACGCCGUGUGCGAAGUUUCCGGACAAGCAUCUCGCGCUUCGCCGAGUGUGCAACGCGCCGGAGGUCGUGUGCCAGGCCGAGGUGCAAUUCACUUGCAAAAAAGUGCGAAGUGACGGCGGAAGACAGGUGUCUUGCAACACAACGCUAACACGUAAGUGUUACCAGAACGGAGACCUGGUACAGCACCUGGUCGACUUUCCGUGCAAAAAAUGCACUCGCCCGAUUGAAGCGCCCUGCGAUACAAAGCCAGCAGACCUGCGUUGCAAGGAAAACUGCCAAAGGAAACUCGCAUGCGGACAUGCCUGUCCGCUUCUUUGUUGGGAGGAGUGCAGAAAAGCAAAGUGCCAAGUCAGGGUCACGCAAAAGUGCGCCGCGGGUAAACACACCAUAGAAAUGCCGUGCUGGCGAACGACCGGCUUUGGGAAGGUGUCCCAGCUGCAGUUUAUUUGUCGGGCGGAAGUUGCUUUUACGUGCCCGGUGUGUAACCGCAAGCAAAAAAAGUUCUGUGGGGAAUCAGAAACGCACUGCAACUUCCCCUGCGGGAAACUUUGCAGUGCGGGGCUGCAUGCCUGCACUGCCCGCUGCGGAGAAUGCGCCGCCACCGGCACCUGUUUGGCAAGUGGCGAAUGCCGCAAGUGUGCGGGCGACGAACUGCAGUACCAGGUGGAUCGCAUUUUCAGAAACGCUGCGGGCUCGAACGCGCCCAACAACACGCGGCGGCAAUUUCGCUCUUUCAAGCUGUCACAGCUCAGUUUUCCAGAGCCCGCGGUCUACAACUUGUGGUUGCGGUCCUACGGUGGAGCAAAUUAUGCGAGAGACCACCACGACCAAGAGGCGAAGACGCCGGUGCACCUGGAAGACACCAUUCAGGAGAUCAAGGACCUGCAAAGAAGCGACAUUUUUGGUGGUGCGGCCGGUGAAAAACGGCUGCUGGACCUCCUUCCGAAGGACUUGGACGUCGUCCAAGUCAGCUUCGGUAUGUGCGUCGCCAUGGACCCGCAGUUGCUGUACGUGUUGCGACGUUGCUUCGGUCCGGAGCAGAAGAUCAGCGUGCGUUUCUUUCGCACGAAGGACGAUUUCAACAAGGUUUCCACCGCGAAGUUUCAGCAGGUCGUGCCAAGCGAAAAAGAUACGUUCGAAUUCGAAGAAAUCCAGCUCCGGCCGUUCCCCGCCACGACAAAGCCCGGCCUGGUGUCCCGGCGUCCAGAGGUAGAUCAACAUGAUCCCACGCACGCGAUACUGGACUCGGGGAAUAUUCUGCACUUUCAUGAGUUGGCGGCUCUGCAGACCGUGCGAGUGGGCGCCAGUACGUUUACGACCGAGAAGAGGCGCACCAAUUUUCGCUACCUGCUGUGGGUGUUUCGCAGUUUGAUCCGGCGCUAUCCGAAAUGUGAGAUCAAGAUCCCCAUCUAUCGGGACAAGGCGGACGCGUUCAAACGCGACCACGUAGGCAUUUUCAACGAGAUGCUGCGAUUGGAGCACGAGCGGUGCGUCCAGGCAAAGGUUUCGCCGCGGACGGAACGGGAGUUGUUCACCAUCGUGCGACACGGUCAGGACGUGGACCUGUACUGCCUGAAAUUGGCGGUGCUUUACAGCAGUCCGGCGACGCGCGUGGCGAUCGUCACCAACGACGCCUACCGGGAGCAUCGCGAAAAUUUUCCGAGUUUGAAGACCAAUUUCGACACGGGUAAGCUCUUGGUCCCGUUCACCAUCGUGCCGGAGGAGGAAGUCGCGUUGUUUUAGGUCCGGGCCCGAAAGAAAAAUUACGGGAUACAAGAGGAGCAUCAUUCAACUUUUUUCUCGUGUGCAUUUUCCGACAACAGAAUCGGAUCCGAUUCCGUUCCAUAUCCCAUGGCAAGAAAGGUGCAGUAGUCUCUUGCACUUCGCAACAUGAUUAAAACUGAAAACAAAAAUGAUAUGUCACUCACGUGACCUCAUUCAUAUCUCGUCAACAAGGAGAGCUUAAACAUAUUCGCGCACUUUCCUUGCUGCUCUGCAUGUAUCUAUGUACGGAAUUUUUUGAAAGAGUUAGAGUGGAUCGUCUCAGCGAUGAUUUCGCAGAAGCCACUGCUCAGGCGUUUCAUGAUAAAACAAGGAAAUAUGACUUGGACGAUUGAAGUGCGGAAAUCGCAUUUAGACACCACUUAUAUCAGAAUUCGCAUCGUCACUCGGGACGGAUUCGUAACGCAGACAGGCACAGUCGCAGAUGAUUUUCUCGAACUACUGCACGGGUGUAGUCGUGUUGCCUCUGAGUCUGAUUAUCAGAUGGAGGCUGGAAAUCGAAAUAAAACCUUGACUCCGUGUCUUUCGGUUAUGUGAUCCGUGCGUGUUGACUGACAUUGAUAUAAAUAUACCGGUUCGUUUUUUGUGUUGGCUACUACUGAGUAUUAGUGCCAAAGAAGCUUGCAACACUUGUUUUUUGCUUCUCCUUGUCGUAGUAUCAUCAUGUCCACCACGUGCGGCAAAAGCUCUCGAAUUAGAAGUGAAGUCGUCCCACGCAGAACUUCGAUAGGAAUCAGGAUUGCCUUUCGAGAAGAGGAAUUGGAUUGAGUGCUGGCGUUAAUUGUUUGCGUUAAGUACUCGAUUGAAUCGAG